AUUAGAGGGACUGAUUGUCACGGUACGAGCAAGGAGAGGCCAGGACCCAAAUGCAGAGUACAAAAAACAGUUCUUUAUUCACAAAAGUAACAACGAAAAAUCACCUUUAACGGGAAACAAAGUAACAACACGGGAAAAACCUUCUAACAGGGAAAAACCAACUAAAGGUGUCCAGGAGCAAACUCAAACUGGUAAGUCAAAGUACAAAGAAAAAACUGGAGAUAAUACUUAGCGAUAGGGAACAAACGUGAGGCAGGAGAUCGGCUCGCGAGCAGGCGAGCAGCAAACUGAAUACUCCGCCCACGAGGACGUGAAUGGGGUUUGGCUUCAGUAGCCGAGCUGAUUGGAGAAUGCGGAGCAGGUGAGUCUGGUUGAGCCCCGCCCCCGAGCACUCAGUGUGUGCAGAGGGAGAGAGAGGGAGAGAGAUCAAAAACGGCACAAGAGUCAGAGCAUAACACUGAUAUUGGCACUUAUUACUUAUGUUGUGUUUUGUUUUUGAACAGAAACACUGUUAGAGAUACAGCACCAGUUCACUUUUGGUUUCCUGAAUGGUUAACAUGAAUAUGUGAUGGCUAAUGUUUUUUAAAAUAACAGCCUUUCAUGUCUUUCUUACAGAUCCAAGCUGUGCAGAGAAACCUGAGUUCACUCCAUCCAGACUGGUGGUGCAGUAUGGUGACCCAACCUCUGCCGGAUGCUCCGUGUGAAACUUGCCCCUGGUGAUAAUCUUUGGAGCACAAGUUAGUUGCUGGAUAUCAUCGUCAUCAUCGUCAUCAUGAUCCACUACUUCAAAUUUAGGCCCGGUUAGAGAAAAUGGCUGACUUUCAGCAGAAAGGGGAAGAUCUGGAGAACAACUUUGCUCAAUGCAGGAGGCUAUUAGAGGAAGCCCAGGGACGACUUAAGGAGCUGCAACAAGUAAAGAAGGAGGGAGAGGAGGAUGAGGAGCAGGAGGCUGAACUGAAGAGAGUUCAGACUGAGGUGAGAGAACUGAAAAAGGAUGAAAAGGCUUUUGAGAAAAUGAUGGAGCAAUACCGGCGAGAAGAAAAGAAACUGCCCUGGAACGUCGACACUAUCAGCAAAGAAGGUUUCAGCAAGAGUGUACUCAACAUCCAGCCUGUUACAAAGGAGGAAAGGGAGGAAGAGGUGGAAAAGCACAAGACCUUUGUGCAGAAGUAUACAAAGGAAAUCAAACACUUUGGGAUGUUGCGGCGUUGGGACGACAGUCAGAAGUACCUGUCAGACAACCCACAUCUAGUGUGCGAAGAGACAGCUAACUACCUAGUUGUCAUCUGUAUUGACUUUGAGAUAGAUGAGAAACAUGCACUGAUGGAGCAGGUGGCCCACCAGGCCAUCGUCAUGCAGUUCAUCUUGGAUUUGGCUCGGACACUGAAGGUCGACCCAAGAGGCUGCUUCAGACAAUUCUUCUCAAAGAUUAAGACUGCAGACAAGCCAUACCAAGAUGCAUUUGACCGUGAGCUGGAGUUGCUGAAGGAGCGGGUCCGCAGCUGUGCACAGAUUCGUAUGGAAGACGCCAUGAAGGAGGUGGAGGAGGAGGAGAGGCAGAAGAGACUAGGUCCGGGUGGUUUAGACCCUGUAGAGGUCUAUGAAUCGCUGCCAAAGGAAAUACAAAGGAGCUUUGACGAGAAGAACAUUCAGAUGCUGCAGGAAGCUCUCAGCAAACUGGACCCUGAGGAAGGAAAAUACCAUCUGAGGAGGUGCAUUGACUCUGGAUUGUGGGUCCCAGAUUCAGGAGAGGGUCAUGAUGAGGAUGAGGAUGAGGAUGAGGAAGAGGGUUAAAAAUAGAAGGUAGCUAAACAAAAAGGGGAGAUAAUAUUUCUGGUGGCAUCAGUUGAACUGAUACACAUAUUUUUCUGUGAUUUUGACCCACAUCAUCACUUUAAGAUAACAUUUGUUUUUGUGGUUAGUUCAGCUUGAAUUUGUUUAUAUUUGAAAACUCAUCGGACAGAGUCCAACAAGUAAGUAAUGUUUCAUACAUGCAACAUAAUUUUCAUAGUAGUGAAUCAUUACAGUAUUUUCUAGGCAUAUUAAAUUAAUGUACAUUAAAAUGUAAAAAUGUAAAAUUUAUACAUUUUCAAAUAUAUAAAUAUUUAAUAAGAAUAUGGACUAAAUUAUCAUAUGAUAAAAAAAAACUGAUCAGCAAGUACUGGAUUAGCAUCACUUUCAGUCUCUUUCAAUUUGUGCAACUGAGUAAAAGAAUAUUAUAUCUUUUAGACAUGUCUCAAUCUGUUUCUCGUAGACGUUAUCGAAUGAAUGUCAUUAGAAAUAGCAGAUCUCACACAGACUUUGUAACAGGCACCACACUUUCUGAUUUAUUUUUGAUCUACUCAUUUUAUUUUUGAUGAUGGCAAAUUUACGCCAAAAUAUUACAUACACUAUUGGGUCUAAAUUCCAAAAGUUGCUCUUUGCAUAUUUAAAAAAAAAAAAACUGUAGAUAGGGCUGCAAACUGGAUGAGAAACUGAUGCUAAUAAAAUGUCUGACUUUCAUUAGUCAGCAGUGUAAACCAAUGUCUCAGAUAUAUCUAAAAUAUUUAUCCAAAUAUUUCUUUUUAUAAAGAAAAGUCUAGCACUGCAUCGCAGGUUCUUUGAGGUAUAACCGUAUUUCUACUGUAAUCCUCUCCUCUGUUGUGCUACUGUGGCCGACAGCGCCAUCUCAAGUCUGUUUGGGGACAGGCAGCUCAUGUCCUGUAUGGUGAACAGUGUUGGGUAAAUUUGAAGUCCCCUGAUAAUUUCAUUUUGUAGUCAAGAUCAACUUGUCCUAUGAUGACGGGAGCAGCCCUAACAGUGCAGUGUGCUUUAAAGUCAAAUUGUUGAAGCUUUCCACCUGUAGGAUUGUCAGGUCAGAGUUUAAGAACCUUAGUUAACUAUUGGUACAGUUUUUUUUGUUCGUGUCAAAGGGUUCUGAAAUUUAAAGAUUACCUUGUGGCUUCUAUUUAGUGGACAGAAUGACAAACGCCGUAGAUUACAGCAGACCGGCAUUAUAUAAAAAUUAGGUGAACUUUUAAUUUUUGUUGUGGCUGUCAGAAGCCUCGAAUCAACUACAAAGUGAGUGUUUUCUGUCUUGUUUUCACAAGCUUGUAUCCUUGGCAAGAGAGGAAAUAGAGCUCAGCCAACAAAUCAGCGGCCAAAUAUGUCGGCCAGUAUUAGAUAUAUGUACGUAUCAGCGUAUAUGUUAGGCGAUAAGUAACAAGAAAUAUCAGAAUAGAAAUGCCAAAGACAUGUUUCAGAUGAUUAAGAAGCUGUUAAUUGUAAUAAUUAUAUUAGAUGAUAUGUCAUCAAGUGUUUGUAACUAUCAUAGAGAGAUACUGAUAUCAGAAAUCAAGUGUUGGUCGGGCUGUAGUUGGUAAUUCAGGCAUCUAAGAGUAAACCUGUCAGAUGGAUUGAAUUAAAAUAAAAUAACCCCAAAGCCCAACCUUGCUUUGCAGAUUUCAGCAUUGAUUCAUCACAGUUAAUCUGCCAGAACUACUACUGUCAUGAACAAUGACAGUAAUGAUUCAUCCUCUAUCAAUUGCCUGAUCAAUUAGUCAUCAAAUCGUUUAAACUUUAAAAGAGAUGAAGAGUUCGUCCAACUGAACGCUAGUUCAAAUAAAGUUGUUUUAUUGUUGCUACUUGGUAAUUUAAUAGUUUUUGUGUAAAGGUUUUACAAGCAGUAUGUUUUUAUUUAGUAGUUAUCGUUGCAGAUGUGAGACUGGUUUUAUGUUGUGUUGUAGAACUUGCACAAUAAACCAGACUUGAUUUUCGUUGUUAACAAACUGUUUCUGUUCAGUUUCCUAACUUUUCCCCUGGUUGGUGUGAAUCAUGACUUAUUUUCUGCCUUUCUUCUCUCUCCAUCUCCAUCUCUCUCUUUCACUUGCAUAAUUAAUUGCUGGGUCGCUCUCUCGCCCUCUCUCUCCUUCAUAAUUAAUUGGUGGGUUUGAUUUAGUGGUCUGUGCAGGAUUUUUUUUGAGGCAAAGCUUCUUUGUGCAGUCACUUUUGUAAAUAGAAAACAAUCAGCGCAGGCGCAGGGCAUAAAUCAAAUCUAGAUAAUGCUUAUAAAAGGGGAGACUUACAGAAUAGCAUUGCAGCUUCAUGUACAACUGUUUGUGUGUGUGUGUUUGUGUGUUGACAGUCAGUUUAUAUCAAUGUGUUGCAGUCCUGCAACAGUCUCUCCUGAUGCGUGAAU